ACAUCAUCACCAUCCUGAUCCGGUUAUGUAUUUAACAAGAAGCGGUUGAUAUCAAAUUGCAUCAAUUUUGAGACAGCUGUUUAAGUCUGGCUUUUGUAGUUAGGUCGCUAAGGAAUGUUACAUCUACAGUUUUGAUGAGCAGUUAUACUCAUGCAUACCAUAACGUGUAGUAAGCGGUUAUUGCCGCUCGUCAUCCGAACUGCAAAUCAUACUCUUCCAGAUUCCAUCGACCCUCUCGCAAGGAAGAAUAGCUAGCCGGCUGGCUCCAGGAUACCUGGGUCCAGGAUACCCGUUAUUCGAACUGGCUACGUAUAAUGCCACUAUCAAUGUUCUACUGAAAGGAUAUAUUACUUGUUUCAUACUUUUAUUACGUGUGCAAAUUGUAGCAAAGUGUUGUAAAUGUUAUGGUUGAUAAUGCACGUUGUGAUUUUAAACCUGCAUCAAAGAGCCGUAGCCUACAGUUUGUAUUGCUUCUGCACAUUGAUAGCUAUUUAAAUGUUAUUUGUUAGCUAGCACUCCGACUGCAUUGCAUUCGUUUGUCAAACGAUUAGUUAGAUGUUGUUCGAGUAAAAAUGUCCCGAGCGGAAAUGGAUUCAUUCUUGGACUAUGAAGAAUGCAUCAAGGACUCACCUGCAUUCAGGCUUGCCCUGGAUAAGUGUCAGAACGAUGUUUCAGAGCUGCAGAGUCGUGUGGAAAAGGUCAUGAAGCUCUGUGACAAGAUGGUUGAAUCAGGGCAAGCAUACAACAUAGCAAAUCAGCAUUUCCUUGACGGAUUGGCUGAAUUCUCUACCUAUCAUAAACGUGACACUGUCGUGAUGAACUGUAUGAGUCAUUUCAGUCAAGGACUACAGGAGAUGACCAACUUUCACACUAUGCUGUUUGACCAGACGCAGAGAGCGAUCACUCAGCAGCUGACAAACCUUCUCACACAGUUUAUACCCCAGCUAGGGGAGACAAGGAAGGAUUUUGUGCGGAUUGGGGAAGAUCUGGAGGCAGCAGCGGUAAAAAAUGCCCAGAUAUCCCGUCACAAAGUCACAGAUGCAGAGCGUGCCAGCCAUCUGCUGUUGGCCACACGCAAAUGUUACCAGCACUUUGGCCUGGAUUACUGCUUACAGCUGAAUAACUUCAAGGCACAACAGAAGUUGGAUGUUCUAAAUUCUGUGUUCUCUUACUUCCAUGCCCAGUAUACAUUUUUCCACCAAGGCUUUGACUUAUUAAGAGACCUGGAACCUACAAUGAAGACCAUGGCUGCGCAGGCCUUUUCCCAGCUUGAACAACUCUCAACUGAAUGUUCUGCUAAAAGAAAGGACCUGGAGAACACACAUCUGCUGGUCCAACAGAGAGAUGCUUCAUGGGAGCCCAUUGUAAGUUCCUUUCCUAAUGGUGGGGAGACAAUACAGGGGUAUCUCUUCAAACAAUCUCGGAAAAAGAACAAGACAUGGAAGAGGGGUUGGUUCUCCAUUAAAGACAACCAAUUGGUUUACACAAAGUCACACAAGGAGGAUCCUGUGUUGCUGUUUGAUGACCUCAGGCUGUGUGCUAUAAAGCCUCUGGACAGCAUCGACCGCCGAUUUUGUUUUGAGCUGGUUUCUGUUCAAAAAUGCUGUGCCCUUCAGGCCGACUCAGAGGAGCUGAAGCAGGCUUGGAUCAGUGCUGUACAGGGAAGCAUCAACAUGGCAUACCGCGAGAGAGUGGAGUCCCAGCAGCCUCGGCCCAAAGAAAGCCCUUUGCCCACACAGAGUCCCUCUGACCCCCAACCAGGACAGUUUCCUCAGAGGCCUGCAGCGUUGGGUGUGGCCCUCCAAAUUCCAGGGAACCAACGUUGCUGCGACUGUGGUGAAGAGGAGCCACGCUGGGCCAGCGUCAACCUGGGUAUCACCAUGUGCAUCGAGUGUUCUGGCAUCCACAGGAGCCUUGGCGUACAUCUCUCUAAAGUGCGGUCUCUCACCCUAGACUCUUGGGAUCCUGAACAGCUGAAGCUGCUGUGUUGUCUGGGUAAUGAUGUCAUCAAUGGGAUAUAUGAGUCCGCAGCAGAAGGCAGAAUGAAACCUAGUGCUGGUAGCCCACGCCAGGAAAAAGAAAUGUGGAUUAAAGAGAAAUAUGUUGAAAAAAGAUUUGUAAAGGACGCUGAGAACGCAGGGCGCAGGUUGUACGAGGCUGCUUGCGAAGGGGACCUGGUCACCAUGGCAGCAGCAUUGGCCCAGGGGGCAGAGGUGAACUGCAGUCACACUGAAGAGGAAGGACGCACUGCUCUCAUUGGUUCAGCUUUUGGAGGUUCCCUGUUGGCCUGUGAGUUCCUACUUCAGAAUGGAGCCAAUGUAAACUACCGUGACCAGCGUGGUCAAGGUGCCCUUCACACUGCAGCCUCCAGGGGUCACACUGGGCAAGUGUGUCUACUUGUGAAGAAGGGAGCCAAUCAGUAUGCAGUUGAUGAGAGGGGCCAGGAUCCACUUGCCAUUGCUGUAGAGACAGCACACGCUGAUAUUGUCACUCUACUACGAAUGGCUCGCAUGAAUGAAGAGAUGAGAGAUUCAGAGGGAUUCUUUGGAUCUAUGAGUGAUGAUGAGACAUUCCAAGACAUCUUCCGUGACUUCAGUGAUAUGGCUUCUCACGAUCCAGAAAAACUCAGUCGUCGACAGUUCAGCAGAAGUGGAGUUGAGGAGGGACAAGGCAAAAGGAUGGUGAAUGACCAUCACAAGACUGAGAAGGAGGAGAACUAGGGUUGGGAAUUCUUAAGAAGCAUUACUACUUUUCACUUUCUCCUCAUGGAAAACCCAAAAUGUUCACAACGUUUCCAGUCGAGAUUUUACAUUUAGAGCUGAUAUCAGUUCUACACAACACAGCAGAAAAUGUCUUACUGAUCUGUAUAGUGCUUUCAGGAUGUACUAAAAGCUCAUUCCACAGCUAGCUUGAAAUGUUACUGAUGGGGCUAUCUAAUUGGUACCUUUUGUGUAGCUCAAACAGUUGGAUUGUUGUCAAGGAGGGCAAUCAUGUGUAUCGAAGUAGAGGAUUGCAAGUUAUCUCCCUGUGUGUUGCCAGGUGAACUGUCAGUGGUGGAAUUAAGACUGAGCAACAGUACGUCGAAGUUGAUUUCAGCCUGCUGAACUGAACACUGUUCCUAGAGUGUCUGACGGUGAUUGUGCCUCAGAAAUUAAAGAACAGACUUGAACAAAGUAAAAUAAAUAUAUACAGUAAAUACUUGCUUCAGUUUUGAGGCACAUGUUUUAGGUUAAAAGGAAAAACAUUUUGAAAAUAAGGAUGAACUUCUGGGCAUACUCCUAGGCCUAAUCAAAAGGAAACAAGAUCUUACUUCUGUUGUGAAUUUAAAAUUAUAAUCAUGUUAGUCCCUAACCCUAACCACCUGUGAAUUGAUCUUAAAUAAGGUGAUGGAACUGUUUUAAUGUCUGCGUUAAUUCCUAAAAAAGCACAUUAAUGAGGGAUAUAAAAGUGUUAUAUUGAAAUAUGAAGUAUUAUAUUUAUGCUAUGGACUGUAGUUGCUUCAACAUUUCAGAUGUUACUAAAUGACUUACUCACUGAACUGCUGUAUACAACUUAAACAUGUUACUACUUCAUUUCAUGAGCAAAGUUGCUUCAUUAUGAAACAGGCCAAAAAUAAAAUGUUGGUUGUUUUUCUGGUAAA